AUGCCUCGACAACCCCACCCCGUGCCAUUGAAUAUGCUGGGGCAUAAUUAUAAGGUCACCAAUGCUCAUGUGGUGAAAAAAUACCAAUCACAAUAUGUGCUCAAUAAGACUUUGGCAGACAGAAAGAUCACGCCGGAAGGGAAAGAAAUCUUUACGAGUUUAUUCAAUUUACUUCCUGAUGGUGACGUCUCGCUUGACAAAAACGACAACAUCAUCGUGUUCGACAACCACAUUGUAAUCUCCAAACCGUAUGGCACUGAAAACUGCAAGAUGGUUUCUGGAAAUGAUGACCAGCAGCUCUCAUACAUCAAAAAAAUCAUUAAGGAUGUUUGGACGCGACUAGAGUCCGAAAGAAAGGGAGGUUGA